UUAUGUGUAAAGCCCCCGAAAAGAGAACGCACUGCCUCUUCCAAAAAUACACACGUGACAUUGUAAACGUGGGAGGACGGCAGAGGAAGCAGACGGUGGUGGCAUUUUUUAGGUGAAUUGUGCAUGGCUAUUCUGCCCUCCAUGCUGAAUUACAUGACGAAGACUCCUGUUUACAUAUAUAUCUAGACACAGGCACCUGAAUGCAUACGUGGUGAGUACUUAACUCUGCUGGGAAGUAGAAGAGUACUUCUAGCGUUAAAAAAAAAAUAUGCCUCCCAAGUUCAAGCGCCACCUAAACGAUGAUGAUGUCACUGGUUCUGUGAAAAGUGAAAGGAGAAAUCUUUUGGAAGAUGAUUCAGAUGAAGAAGAGGACUUUUUUCUAAGGGGACCAUCUGGACCAAGAUUUGGACCUAGAAAUGACAAAAUUAAGCAUGUUCAGAAUCAGGUGGAUGAAGUUAUUGAUGUCAUGCAAGAAAAUAUUACAAAGGUAAUUGAAAGAGGGGAGAGACUAGAUGAACUACAGGACAAAUCAGAAAGCUUAUCGGAUAACGCAACUGCUUUUAGCAACAGAUCCAAACAACUCCGGCGGCAGAUGUGGUGGCGUGGAUGCAAAAUAAAAGCCAUCAUGGCGUUGGUUGUUGUCAUCCUUUUGUUGGUGAUCAUCAUUGAUGUGGUCUGACUGUCAGGAUUGAGUAAUGAUUUCUGACCGAGAAAUGAUUUCAGUCGAGAGCUCUUAGCCUGUGAUCUCUGAAAAUGCUCCUAAAUGGUAUGCAAACACAGGGCUAAGUGCUUUGUUUGAGGCCAAAUAUGGCUACUGUUACGCCAGGGCCACAGCACUCAUCUUCUGCUUAUUAUCAACCAAAAGGAAUGGCAGCUUGCAUUUCUUAGUAUUGUUUGAAGGACAGAUCUAGAUAAGCUCUUCAGAUGAAUGUUUUUUUUGUUUCUGUUUUGGAUUUGAGCUUGAUUUCAGUCAUUAAUAUCCUUAAUAUUCUUUUAAAGUAAGAUCAUUUUUGAUAUCUCAUUUUCUCCAAGGCCUCUUUCCCUGUGUUUGCAGGGACUUUAUGAAGAUUUGGAAAGUGUCUCAAAAUAAUCAUUUGAAAAAUUCCAUGGUAAUAUUCUCUUUUUAAAGAGAAAAGAGUUUUGUUGCAAAGAAAUUGAGUCGAUCCUCACCCAUAUGGGUGGAUUCUGGGUUUGUGAAUUUACCUGUUACCCACCUCAGUACUUGAGCUGCGUUUACAGUCAUUGCAUUCAGAGCAGUGAAAACUUUGAGUCCCUGAGGCGCACAUUCCCAGCUGAUGUCUGACGUGUGUGUGCAUGUGCGUCUUCUAGUGUUGCUCUCACAGUGUAAACAAGGUCCUCUGGUGAGCGCCAUGUUUCUCGCAGUUGUGCACUUCGUUGGUGGUCUCACUGUUUAGCAUGGCCCCAAGUGCAGUGAAGUGUCCGUAUUGCUGAGUGCAGGCAGGCUGGGAUGUGCUGGAAGGAGAAAAUGGACCGUUUGAUAGGCUUCACUUAGGUCUCGGUCACCAUGCUAUCAGCCAUGAAUUCAAUAGCAUAUAUUACAUAGCGUGUCUAUGUAUUGAUCAGUUGACAAAAUGUUGUGCCCAGGGGCUUGCAGGAAUUUAACCCUGUAUUUCCUGUAGGAGCAAUGGGUCAGUGUUCACUAAUUCAGUGUUGGUGGAGACUUUAUAGAACGUAACUACUGCAGAUACCAAGAUGCAACCAUACACUAUGGUGGUGAUAAACAGGAAACUGCCACAGCCAAACAAAGAAAGGGUUUGUUGAGCCACGUGCUAGCCAGGAAAGGACUGGGCCCUGGGCAUGAAGUCUGAACCGGCAGCAGGGCUGGAGCAGAAGUCAAGUCCCCUGUCCUGGAGGGACAGGCUCUUUGUUGUGCUUCACGGAGGCAGCAGCAUCACUAGCAAUGUUACCAGUGUGAAUAACAAAGACUGAAAUGACAUGGUCAGAGAUCCGAUUACAGCACAACUGACAAAGAAAUGUGCUUUUCUCUGCAACUCACAUUUAAGAUAACUAGAAUUGCAAAUGAUAACAGGACAUUGUAGAUUCUUGGAAAUCUUAUAUAUAAUUUCAAAAAACAUUCAUUUUAAUAAUAUAUGCAUACAAAUACCACAGGUAUUUUUUUGACAGUGCUUUCUGCUUCCCAUGUAAUUUUAAUAUAGCAAAUGGGCCUGAUUAGUUUAAUUUCCCCUUUUGUAAAGAGACAUUUUCUUUGAAAUGUUUCAGAGUCCCUUUUAGAUAAAAACAUGCACGAUUCAGCCCCAUAUUUGUUAUACUUAUAGCACUGGUCCAGGUUUCUACAGAGGGUUUGGGGGAGGUUCUGGGGUUUUGACUUCCCAUAAUUUAAAAAUUUUGUUCUUGAUCAACCAAGGCCAAGGAAUUGUUUUGGGUCUGAAAUGUGAGUGCCGCUCCUAGGUUGGUGGCUCCUCUCUUAUAUGACUCAGAGGAGCCUGGGCACUACACAGUAUUCAGGGGGGCUGGAGUACUUGGGUGACCAAGCCCUUGUGUGUACCAGAUAAGUCAGAAAUGUUCCUUCUAACCCUAAAACAGGGAGUAUGUUUUUCUGUUGGGGACCCUGUGAGACAGCUACAUAUCUCAGACAAUAAGUAGACAUUUCUGCAAAGGUUUCUCAUCACCUGGAAACACCCCUGAGGGACCAGAAGUAGCGAUGGUCUCUCUUCUUUGGAGUGGAAAUCACCAUUUUAUAAUUUCAGAGAAAUAAUCUAAUGGCGUUGGUCCGCCAUGAGAACCCAAGCUGUAAUUUCAUCAAAUGGCCACAAGAUGUCACUAUAAGCUCAGUUCCCCUCUCACCCCCAAAUGAAAGUAAAAAACAAAGACAUAUUGGUGAAUAACAUCAUAAUAAAAAAACUGACUUGAGGGUGUCCCUUAUAACUCACCAGUCAGAUGAGGGAACCCCUUCCAUGAGGUACAUCUCUAAGACGGCCUCUUAGGGAUUUUUGUUGAGGCCCAGUAAAGCUAUGCACAUCAGCCUCAAGGUGUGAGCACCACACUCGUCUCGGGGGAGUCACAUUCUUUUCUGCUCCUUGGACAGAUCGAAUUCCACUCUUGACAAGAUAUGUUAAAAAAAA